AUGCACAUCAUUCCUUGCUUGUGUAUUCUUAGCCUCAAGAUUUCUUUCAGACGGUCAGACCACAGCAAACUUAGUUAAUUUUCAUGUCUGCCAUUUUUAUGGCGUUUGCAGUGCAUAGCGUAGGCUGAUGUAUUCCGGCCUGAGAGGAAUCGUAAUACGGAUAUUCACUUAUUCAGUGGUAUAACCUCCACAAUACACUCCUAUGAACCGACAUCGCCAAGUUAGUCCGCUCUGGGCAGGUUUUCACUACUCCUUCGAGAGAAUCUGGUACACCUUUUUUCGCAGUUCGGUUGCCACAUCGGUAAUUGUCAUAGGAUAUGGACCCUACAGAAGAAGACGCCGCCUUUUAUGCUCGUUUGAACUGCACAACAAACAGCUCGGCGGAUGUGCUGAUGUUUGUGAAUCAGAGUGAUCCCGGCUACCUGGCCCAGAGAUAUAACUACAUCAGCAUUCUGCUCAUCUUGGCCGGUUUCGGUGUGGUGCUUAAUGCCAGCAUGAUUGCGCUCCUACUGAAGGGUGCCUUGUAUCGUCAUUCGACCCUGAGCAUACUGUCAAUGCAGCUGUUUGCGGCUAAUCUGUUGGUGUCGGUGUUUUGUCUGCUGGCUGACGGGAUUUGGAACAUCACCAUGCAGUGGUUCGGCGGGGAUUUUCUUUGCAGAAUCAUCAAGUUUUGCCAGAUGUUCAGUUUAUACGCCACCAACCUAAUCCUCACCGGGAUGAGCAUUGAGACCUGCAUUACUGUGACCUUUCCGCUGAGUAAAUCCAGUAAGGUGGAGAGUCAGUCGCGGGUAAAAGUCAUCAGCGGAUUCGCCUGGAUCGUCUCGUCGGUGUGCAGCGUACCGCAGGCGGUGAUUUUUCAUACGGAGCGCGCGCCUAUUUGCGUCAAAUUCUAUCAGUGCGUUACGCACGGCUUCUACUCGAGAGCCGAUCAAGAGCUAGCCUACGCCUUAGCUACUCUCAUCGUCAUGUGCUUGGUUCCAUUAUGCAUUAUUAUUGUCUGCUAUUUGGUCAUUUCCGUGGCUAUUACCAAAGAAUCAAGGAUUGCGGCCGGGAGUCCUGAUUUUGCCGUUAAUUCGAGAAUGUGCCCCUGUCAUCCAGAAGAAACCAGCACGUCCCUGUCUAGUGAGCAAAAUAGCGCGGUGCUGCGUCCGAGCAGUACGAGAAAGGGUAAACGGCUGUACCAGAAAACCCGGAAGAUAUCAUUGUGGAUGACUUUCAUUACGGCUGCCAGCUUCGUUAUCUGCUGGAUCCCGUACUAUGUGGGAAUGUUGGGGUAUUUGUUCCAGUGGAGCAUUUCCACUCAAACAAUGACCAUUAUUUUUUGUCUCGGAAUGAGUUUUUCGGUGGUCAAUCCGAUUAUUUUUGGUGGAUUCCUGCUGACCCGUCACUCCACCUAGAGCAACCAACAAUGGCACUGUCCAGUUAGACGACCUUUGUUUUUCUCCUCCAUUUUCUAGCGUAGCACGCACCGCUUUUUGCAUUAAUAUUUUGUUGAUUUAUCUUGUCAUGAUCUGAGUGUUAAGCGCCAAUUUUACUAGAUAACUUUCAUUGUUUUUGGUAGCAAAAUGACUGCGGCAGGAAUAUUUGGUGUUCGAACCGUUUGGUCAAGAAUGACUUUUGUGAUAUUGCGGAUUUUGUGCUGUUAGUAUGCUUUUUGUACGGAAUUGGUGCUAUUGGGUUAGCCUGUUUAAAUGAAUUUAUUGUCCUCUGCACCUAAAAAAUCUGGAGGGCGAAUGAA